GAUUGGCAUUGGUCGGUCAGCUGAGGAGCAGGUGACAAAAACAAUAGGGGUACAGUCACCAAACCCCGAUCCGUUCGAAUGAAAGAGAUCAACAGCGGUCAAUAUGGCGUUCGUCACUGCAAACUGGAAUCCGCUGGGGGAAGCUUUCUACAGAAAGUUUGAGCUGUACGAGAUGGGGUGGACCUUGAGAGAUGGGCUCAGAGAUUGCCUGGUCGCCGCAGCUCCGUAUGGAGGCCCGAUCGCACUUCUGAAGGAGCCGCAGCGGCGCUCCCCCAGUGCGCGGCCCCAGCUCGAGAUCUACUCCUCCUCUGGCGUCUCCAUGGCUAGCUUCCCGUGGAAGAGUGGGCCAGUGAAGCACCUGGGUUGGACUGUGAGCGACGACUUGCUGUGUGUCCAGGAGGAUGGCACUGUGCUCAUCUAUGACCUGUUCGGAGAAUUCAAGAGGCACUUCAGCAUGGGCAACGAAGUCCUGCAGAACCAUGUGCUGGAAGCCAAGGUUUUCCAUUCGCCAUAUGGAACAGGCGUUGCCAUAAUCACAGGAGCGUUCCGGUUUACCCUGGCCACGAACAUCGAUGACCUUAAGCUCCGUCGCUUGCCAGAGGUUCCAGGGCUACAGGGGGUGCCAUCAUGUUGGGCAGUGCUUACACAGGACAGACAGAGCAAGGUGUUGCUGGCCAGCGGCGCAGAUCUCUACAUCCUGGAUAACACUGCUUGCACUGCAGUGACCCCUCCAGGCCUCACCCCGCAGGCCAGCAGCAUUGUCCAGAUGGCAGUGUCCUUCAGCUACAAGUACCUGACCCUCUUCACAGACACGGGCAAUGUGUGGAUGGGCUCGGCCAAUCUAAAGGAGAAACUCAGCGAGGUGGACACCAAGAUUAGGACCCCACCAAAACAGAUGGUCUGGUGUCGGAGACCCAAAAGCCAACAGCCCUCAGUGGUGAUUAUGUGGGAUCGGCACCUCCUAGUGGCAGGAGAGUGUAAAGACACCAUCCAGUACCACCUGGACGAUGAGUCGGUUCUGGUUCCGGAGCUGGAUGGCGUGAGGAUCAUCAGCGGGACUCACCAUGAGCUGCUGCAGGAGGUCCCAGCGGCAUGCGAGGAGAUAUUUAAGAUUGCCUCUAUGGCCCCAGGGGCUCUACUGCUGGAAGCACAUAAGGAGUACGAGAAAGAGAGUCAGAAGGCGGACGAGUACCUGCGGGAAAUUAAAGAGCAGAACCUUCUGGGCGAGGCGGUCAGACAGUGUGUGGAGGCAGCCGGAUACGAGCACGAGCCAGAGACCCAGAAAACACUGCUGAGGGCGGCAUCGUUUGGGAAGUGCUUCCUGAGUAACUUUCCUCCGGAGCAGUUUGUCAGCAUGUGUCGAGACUUGCGCGUCCUCAAUGCAGUCAGAGACUACACUGUAGGAAUCCCGCUCACAUACUCCCAAUACAAACAGAUGACUGUGCAGGUGCUGAUAGACAGGCUGGUGUACCGCAAGCUGUACCCACUGGCCAUUGAGAUCUGCCGCUACCUGAAGACCCCAGAGUACCAGGGGGUGAGCAGAGUGCUGAAACACUGGGCCUGCUGCAAGGUUCAGCAGAAGGAAGAGGCCGAUGAGGUCAUUGCCCGAGCGGUCAGUCAGAAGCUAGGCGAGGCUGCUGGGAUCUCUUACUCAGAGAUUGCAGCCAGGGCCUAUGAGUGCGGCAGGACAGAGCUGGCCAUCAAGCUCCUGGAGUUUGAGCCUCGCUCUGGGGAGCAGGUGCCUCUGCUGCUGAAAAUGAAGAGGAGCCAACUGGCGCUGAGCAAGGCCAUCGAGAGUGGAGAUACUGACCUAGUGUACACGGUAGUUACGUAUCUGAAGAACGAGAUGAACAGGGGAGACUUCUUCAUGACACUGAGGAACCAGCCAGUCGCUCUUAGUCUCUACCGACAGUUCUGUAAGCACCAAGAGCAGGAAACGCUGAAGGACCUGUACAAUCAGGACGAUGAUCAUCAGGAGCUGGGAAACUUCUACGUCAGAGCCAGUUACCAGGAGGGGAAGCUAGAGGCCCGCAUGUCAUUACUCCAAAGUGCAGUGGACGAGUACAACAAGGCCAAGAAUGAGUUCGCAGCCAAGGCCACAGAGGAGGAGAUGCGUCUGCUGCGGUUCCAGAGGCGGGUGGAGGAGGAGAAGGGCGAGCGUGUGCUGGGCUGCUCUCUGCAGGACACCAUACACUGCCUGCUCACCGCCGGCCUCCACAAGCAGGCCGAACAGCUCUACAAGGACUUCCGCGUCCCGGACAAGAGGUAUUGGUGGCUGAAGUUAACAGCACUGGCAGAGAAAGAAGACUGGGAGGAACUGGAGAAAUUUGCCAAGAGCAAGAAGUCCCCCAUCGGAUACCUGCCCUUCGUGGAGGUCUGCGUGAAGCAUCACAAUAAGUAUGAGGCGAAGAAGUACGUUUCAAAGGUCACUCCGGAGCAAAAGGUCAAAGCAUACCUGGCGGUGGGGGAGCUGGAGGGGGCGGCAGAGGCAGCCAUCGAGAGGCGCAACGAGGGUGAGAUCAGCCUGGUCCUCUCCCGCUGCUCACCCACAACUGACCGAGCCCUCAUGGAGCGCCUGAACCGCGCCCGUGCCACUGCUGCCAAGAAGUGACCACCCAUCGUGCACGCUCUGCAACUGGCAACUCGCUCAAAGCUAGACCCCCUAUACCCUCUGUCCCAGUGAUGGCAUGUGAACAUUCCAGAUGGAUGUGCACAGGUGACAGAGAGGAUACAAGGAGUGUGUAAGAUAGGAGGUAGAGGAGAGGGGCAUCCUCACCACAUUGCUGUAACGUUGCCAUAACGUUUCUGAAACAGGAACUCUGAGACUUACAGAUGGAGCAUGUAACCCUGGAGCCUCCCCACACACCACCACCAGAGGACAGUACCUUUGUGUAUCAAUGGAGAGAUGUCUCUUGAAUUACUUUUCACUUUUUUCCUGUUUGCCUGUCCGUGUAGAAAUAAAAACCUUGGAAGAAAGAGGG